AUGGCUGCUUCUAUUUCACAACCACAACAACAACCAAUUAAAUUGACUGCUGCUCAAAAAGAACAACAAAUAAUGCAAGAAAUUAGAAAUAAUUCUAUCAAAUACGAAAGUAAAUUUGAAGGUUCAUUCUUGGGUGAAAUCUUUGGAUUUGCCAUUAGAAAAUAG